GCCUCAUGGUCGCAUGCUACCACGGCUUCCAAAGUGUUGUGGCCCUGCUCAGCCGCUGUCCUUUCCUGGAUGUGAACCAGCAGGACAAAGAAGGAGACACAGCCCUCAUGCUGGCUGCCCAAGCAGGCCAUGUGCCUCUGGUGAGUCUCCUGAUCAACUACUAUGCUGGCCUUGACCUGGAGCGCCGGGACCAGCGGGGGCUAACUGCGCUGAUAAAGGCCGCCAUGCGGGACCGCUCCGAAUGCGUGGCUGCCCUCCUCAUGGCAGGUGCCGACCUGACUGCAGUGGAUCCUGUCAGGGGCAAGACAGCCCUGGAGUGGGCAUUUCUGACCGACAGCUUCGACACGGUGCAAAGGAUCCAGCAGCUGCUGCGGCGGCCCCAAGUGGAGCAGCUCAGCCAUCAUUACCAGCCUGAGUGGCCAGCCUUGCCCGGGCUUGUGGCACAGGCCCAGGCUCAGGCCGCCCCGUCUUUCCUAGAACGACUUCAGGCCACCUUGAGCCUCCCCUUCGCGCAGUCUCCUCAGGAGGGGGGUGUCCUGGACCACCUUGUGACCGUCACGACCAGCCUGGCGAGUCCUUUCCUCACCACUGCCUGCCACACCCUGUGCCCUGACCACCCACCUGCACUGGGCACUCGAAGCAAGUCUGUGCCAGAGCUGCUAGUGGAAGCCAGAGCCCAGGUCUGCAGGGAAUCGAAGGCUGUCCCUUCCUGUCUGGAGAUACCAGGAGCUCAGGAUGGAGAGGAGGAGGCAGGAGGAGGCCAGGCUGGCACAGAGCCAGGGGACGAAGGGAUAGGCCGGGCUGGGACUAGGUAAUCAGGCCCCUCCC